AAGUUUGUACAUCAAAUGCGACAAUAUUGAAGCGAUAAUAGCAUCAUUAUAUUCCAUUGGUUACUGGGAUCACACACAGAAGAGAAAGCUUUUAUAACGAUUGAACUUAAAGAUGGAUCCGGGAAAUGAACAUCCCACAGAGAGCCCUGGUGUUCCAGUCAAUCUGAAUGACCUGCAGCACUACCUGGUUACAUUUAACAAAGAAAUUGAACAAACUGAUGAUCCAGACCAAUUUACUGUUGGAGCGGAUGGUGCUGGUGUUGCUGUCGCUGAGGCUUUGUCAGAUGGGCAAGGAGAUCAGUCUGGAUUUAUCACUGUACAAGCUGAGAAAGUGGAGUCCAUCGACCCUUCUGAUGUAGAAAAUGUUGUUAAUGUUGUUGACCUGAAGCUUCCAUAUGGUGCAGCCAUGGAUAUUAAUGAAGCUGUUCAACAGCUAAGUCAAGUGGAAGCAACUGCUAAUGUCAGAGUUCAGACUCAACCAAUAACAAAUGGCCAACCAGAGGAAGUGCCUGUUGAUCUGGAAGACCCAAGUAUGGACCAGGCAGUAUCCAACUGUAUGGCAGAAGUCCAAGCACACAUGGCAGAGAUGGCUGCUCAGGAUCAGGUUACAAAACUUAGCAAUGUAGAGGAACUCGCCAAGACAGUUGACAACAAAGAGUGCUUUAUGAAGCAACUAGAGAUACCAGUAAGUGAGUCAGGGGAUGGAGAACAGAAAAUUGUCCAUGUUGUGUCCAUUGAUGGCCAGGAGCACAUGCAGCUUGUGGAUGCAGGAGCAGCAGGAUUGACCACUGGAUUGACUACAGGACUGAAUACUAGCACUGGUCAACUAAUACAUAUCCCAACUGUGUCCACCACUCUCACUGACAGCAUAGAGCAGGAACUAGCUGACACUGUUGGGAAUGGCUCAGAUCCUGUGGCUGUUUUGGCAUCUGUUGCAGCUAAUACCUCCACUCUCAACCAAUUACAGACAAUUACGGUUGGCCAGACAGAACUGAAUUCAGCACAACUUGUAGCUCUACAGAACUCAUCUGACAGUACUCAGCCACAGUUGGUCGCUGUUCAGGCUCGGGAAGGGGCCAUGGAGAUCAUGGGCACAGAGGGGAAUGACAGCAAUCCCAACUCCAUAGUUCUAAACACUGGUGACAAUAACUUCCAGACAGUCACUAUUGUACCCUCAGAAAUGAAUCCCAGCGGUGAAAUGAGUUACGUUCUGAUAGUGUCACAGCCUGAUAAGGAAGACAGUAUUGGUUCUCCAAAACAGUUGUCCCUUGACAUGGGCAGCGUGUUGGACAUGAAGGAUGAAACACAAGAAAUGGUGGAGGAAAUUGUCCAGGAGGAUGGUACCACUCGGCGUGUUAUCACAAUUGUGCCAAAGCGUAUAGGGCUGCCAAUAGCACACCAAGCGCAGCUUAUGUGUCACUACUGUGAUUACACAAGUCCUAAACGGUACCUGUUGAUGCGCCAUAUGAAGACCCACUCAGAGGACCGGCCCCACAAGUGUAACAUCUGUGAUCGUGGAUUCAAGACAAUGGCUUCCUUACAGAAUCAUGUGAACACUCACACAGGCACUAGACCACACAAGUGUAAGGAAUGUGCUGCUGCUUUCACCACCUCAGGGGAAUUGGUAAGGCAUAUUCGCUACAAACAUACCUUUGAGAAGCCACACAAGUGUACUGAGUGUGAUUAUGCCAGUGUGGAGUUGAGUAAGAUGAAGAGACACAUGCGGUCACACACAGGUGAGCGUCCGUAUCAUUGUUCCCACUGUAACUAUGCCAGUCCUGAUACCUAUAAACUGAAGCGACACAUGCGGAUACACACAGGAGAGAAGCCAUACGAGUGUGAUGUAUGUCAUGCACGAUUCACACAGAGUAACAGUCUCAAAGCUCACAAACUCAUCCACUCCGGUAAUAAACCUGUGUUUCAGUGCCACCUUUGUCCUACAACAUGCGGUAGGAAAACAGAUUUAAAGAUCCACAUGUCGAAGCUACACAGCAGUGCCAAACCUUUGUCCUGUAAGAAAUGCGGCAGUACCUACCCAGAUCGAUACACGUACAAGUUACACAUGAAAAGUCACGAAGGAGAGAAGUGCUUUAAAUGUGAACAAUGUGACUAUGCUGCUCAGUCUAUCCGUCAUUUGGAGAGUCACAUACUCACACACACAGGUGAAAAACCGUUUGAAUGUAAGGAAUGUGGUCAGACUUUUCGCCAAAAACAACUACUACGACGACACAUAAACCUGUAUCACUCACCAGAGUACAGCCCACCUGAGGCAAGAGACAAGAUGUACGAAUGUGAUGAGUGUGACAAGACGUUUGCUCAUAAGGGCAACCUAAUGCGUCACAUGCAACAACAUGACCCUGACAGUGUUCAGUAUAAGGACCUUGCUGGUCAGGGGCGGACGCGAGAUAGUCUGUCAUCUCCACUUACUGCUGAGCAGCUUUUACAGGGCAGUCUACUGACAGAGAUGAGGGAAGGAAAGCUAGGAAAUACACCAAAAAUUGUCAUAGUACAUCCAGAUGGCAGGGUGGAGGAAGUCACAUCCAAACUACAAAGUCUGGCCCAUGAAAAAGAUGUGGAAGAUGUCCUUAUGGGAAUGACUGAGGACAGAGAACAGGUGGAGGAUGGCCACCCUGACUCCAUUUUACAGGUAACAAGUGGUGGAACCUUGGACAGCCAGCCUCUGAGAAUAUCGAUGGCAACUGCUACUGUGACAAACCCAGACGCUGAGUCGGUACUGCAGGAUCUGCAACCGCAGACCGAUGAUGAGAGAAAAGAUGUUGAAACUCAGGUUGCCUUGGAAACUGAUAGUGAACAUGAAGAGGAAGUGGAGCAAAUUUUUCAACAAAGUGGAGCUAGUGCAGAGGAUGGGAAUGUGGAUAUGCUGCAAAUUGAUUUACAUACAGCAGUGCAGGGCCAGGAAGCAGCCGAGAAUGUUGUCAUUAGUCUACAGUCAGCAAUAGAUACAAGAUCGAAAAAGAAAAGAGACACUAAUGAAGAUAGUUCUAGUACCUCCAAGAGGAUGAAAAUCAGCUAAAAGGAACUCAUGGAAUGACUAUCAGACCUGGCAUGUCAGCUAAAGAAACUUGAAGAAUGACUUAUCUGGCUUGGUCUGUCAUAUAAAAGAAACUUGAGGAGUGACUUAUCUUACCUGGCCUGUCAGAUAAAAGAAACUUGAGGAAUGACUUAUCUGACUUGGUCUGUCACAUAAAAGAAACUUGAGGAGUGACUUAUCUGACCUGGCCUGUCAGAUAAAAGAAACUUGAGGAAUGACUUAUCUGACUUGGUCUGUCAGAUAAAAGAAACUUGAGGAGUGACUUAUCUGACUUGGUCUGUCAGAUAAAAGAAACUUGAGGAGUGACUUAUCUGACCUGGCCUGUCAGAUAAAAGAAACUUGAGGAAUGACUUAUCUGACUUGGUCUGUCAGAUAAAAGAAACUUGAGGAGUGACUUAUCUGACCUGGCCUGUCAGAUAAAAGAAACUUGAGGAAUGACUUAUCUGACUUGGUCUGUCAGAUAAAAGAAACUUGAGGAGUGACUUAUCUGACCUGGCCUGUCAGAUAAAAGAAACUUGAGGAAUGACUUAUCUGACUUGGUCUGUCAGAUAAAAGAAACUUGAGGAGUGACUUAUCUGACCUGGCCUGUCAGAUAAAAGAAACUUGAAGAAUGACUUAUCUGACUUGGUCUGUCAGAUAAAAGAAACUUGAGGAGUGACUUAUCUGACCUGGCCUGUUAGAUAAAAGAAACUUGAAGAAUGACUUAUCUGACUUGGUCUGUCACAUAAAAGAAACUUGAGGAGUGACUUAUCUUACCUGGCCUGUCAGAUAAAAAAAACUUGAGGAAUGACUUAUCUGACCUGGCCUGUCAGAUAAAAGAAACUUGAGGAAUGACUUAUCUGACUUGGUCUGUCAGAUAAAAGAAACUUGAGGAGUGACUUAUCUGACCUGGCCUGUCAGAUAAAAGAAACUUGAGGAAUGACUUAUCUGACUUGGUCUGUCAGAUAAAAGAAACUUGAGGAGUGACUUAUCUGACCUGGCCUGUCAGAUAAAAGAAACUUGAAGAAUGACUUAUCUGACUUGGGUCUGUCAGAUAAAAGAAACUUGAGGAGUAACUUAUCUGACCUGGCCUGUCAGAUAAAAGAAACUUGAAGAAUGACUUAUCUGACUUGGUCUGUCAGAUAAAAGAAACUUGAGGAGUGACUUAUCUUACCUGGCCUGUCAGAUAAAAAAAACUUGAGGAAUGACUUAUCUGACCUGGCCUGUCAGAUAAAAGAAACUUGAGGAAUGACUUAUCUGACUUGGUCUGUCAGAUAAAAGAAACUUGAGGAGUGACUUAUCUGAUCUGGCCUUUCAGAUAAAAAAAAAACUUGAGGAAUGACUUAUCUGACUUGGUCUGUCAUAAAAGAAACUUGAGAAAUGACCGAUCUGACCUGGCCUGUCAUAAAAGAAACUUGAGGAAUGACUGAUCUGACCAGGCCUGUCAGAUAAAAGAAACUUGAGGAAUGACCGAUCUGACCUGGCCUGUCAUAUAAGAAACUUGAGGAAUAACUUAUCUGAUGUGGUCUGAACAAUUGGAACAGGUCAUUUGAUUAGGCUCAGAAGAAUAAAACAGUCUACGAAUCAACUGAAAGCCAUGAUUAAUUGACUUUUCAUUUCAUUUGCAAAAAAAUUAUAACUUCAGCUAUUAAUUGUAAAUAUAACAUACAUCUGUAUUUGGCUUUAAGCUUAUAUUCCUUAAUAUAUACUCUACAUUGAGAGGAAUUAAUGUUAGAAGCUUUUGUGAUCCUGAUAUUGACCAAAUUUAUACUUGAUAUUGAGAGAAUUGAUAAAAAUCUUCUCUUUUCCAAACAAAUUGUUGCAUGACUUUUUGAUAACUUGCUUGUUGAUGGAAAAAAAUUGAAAAAAAAAAGAAAAAACAACAAGGAGUUUUCUGGUUUCCAGCUACUCUUGUCUUGAUGUUCUACCUACAAUACAGUUUUAUUUGUGACUUGUCAAAAUGUAACAACUAUACGUAGAGGUGCAUGUCAGGGCCUGUGCUAAACAAGAAAAUGAUUAUGCGUAAAUUGUUAUGUAUUUCCUAUUUCUUUUAUUAUAUAUUUAUUUCCACCAUCUUGUUAAAAGUGAGUGUGUAAGAGUAUAUGUGUGUCUAAGGAUGAACUUUAGGAGAUAUGCCAAUAUGUGUUGCUUGAACUUAACAAUUCUAUGUUUUCAUGACCUAUUUUUCCACAAAAGAUUAAUAAAACCCACGAAUGUUUUCACAGUGACAUGAAUUCUGAUACAAACGUCCAUAUAUUUGACAUUUAUGUAUAAUUGUAAACUUAUCAGAUAAGAAAAGUAGAUUUAUACUUUGUAUACUUUGUGCAUUGUAAAUUUUACUUUGUAAUUGUCAUCAAAAUGAGAUUCUUUUAAACAAGUGUUUGCUUGGUCAAAAUGUACCAAUCAUCACACAAGAAAUUAAAAAUUCUGUGUUGAUUCUGUUAGGUAGAUAUCUGCCAGAACUGUCGUUCUGUCGUUAAUUGAUGACUCAUUAAGAAUAACUCUCACAGAAAAUUUACAUUUGUAGUGAUCUGUUUAAUAUUAAACUGUUUGUGGUUGUAUGAAAUACAAAGUCAACAUCACGAGAAAUAUUCACGAGAGUACCCUGCAUGGUUACCUAGGACUUUCAAUACAUCGGUAUUGGGAAUUCAUGGCUUGUCUGUGUUGAUGUUUUCGAGAAUUUCCAAUAGCAUUUUUGAGAAAAAUGAUAAUAACUGGUGAAAAUGUGUUUUGUGGAAUAAAAAAAAUGGUAAUAGUACCUUAAAUGAGUUUGGAAUAAAAGAGGGAAUGGUGAAUGUCAAACCAAAUUGACAUCAUGUAAUUAUGCAUUUAGAAGAGAGAACGGAACUUGUGCUUAUAUUGUCAUGACAAAAUUGGAAUGUUAGAUCUGCUUAGUAUUUGAUUAUUGUUGAUUGGAAUUCAGAUGUUGAGCAUAAGCACGAGUGUGUUUGCUUACUAUACUUGUAUUGUAUGAAUAGAGUGUUGCCAAUGGACAAUUUUAGAAGAAAGUUUUAUUUCUCGCAAACUUUGAGAUAAAAUAUGAUUCAGCCUAAA